AUGGAUUCAGCAAAACAAGUUAGCGAAAGCUUCACUAAAGGUCUACCAAAGGUUGAGCUUCUCCAGCUUCAUGCCCAUCUCAGCGGAAGUAUCAGUCGCCAGUGCCUGCACGAGAUAUGGAAGAACAAGAAAUCAAAAGAUCCGAAUUUGCCAGUCGAGGAUCCGCUAGUGUUAAUGCCUGCAGGCAAAGUCGACUACACUCUACAGACCUUCUUCCAAGUAUUCUCCAAACUCAUAUAUCAACUAUGCAACGACCUAGAAAGUCUAGCCUACGCCACCAACUCCGUCCUCGAAGAUUUCCACAAAGACGGAGUCCGCUAUCUAGAGCUCCGAACGAUCCCCCGCGCAUCCCCAAACACAAAUAUAACCCGAGAAGAAUACCUAAACACAGUCCUGGACACAAUCUCAACCUUCAAAUCCCGCACCAAAAACCAAAUGUCAGUCUUCCUGAUUCUAGCUCUCGACCGCGGAAACACGACAGCCACUGAAGCACAGGAAAUAAUCGACCUUGCCAUCUCGAACAAGCCGCGCGGGGUUGUCGGCGUCGAUCUCUGCGGGAACCCGACGCAGGGCGACGUCACUAUAUACCGUGAUGCGUUUGCAAGGGCGAAGGCCCAUGGAUUGGGUCUUACGCUGCACUUUGCCGAGACACCGGCCUCGGGCGCGCGGGAUGAAUUGGCGAUGUUGCUUUCGUUCCAGCCUGACCGGCUGGGUCAUGUUAUUCAUGUGCCUGAUGAUGUCAAGGCGGAAAUUGUGAAGAGGGGGCUUGGGCUUGAGUUAUGCAUGUCUUGUAAUGUGCAUGCGAAAUUGAUUGAUGGGGGGUUUCUGGAUCACCAUUUUGGGUCUUGGAGGCAUGAGGAAUGCCCAAUUGCCUUGUGUACAGAUGAUGUGGGCUUCUUUUGUAGCCCUGUCUCGAAUGAGUAUCUGCUUGCUGCCCAGCAUUUCGGGCUUGAUCGUGCUCAGCUGGUGAAGAUGUGCCGGAAGUCAGUCGACAUGAUUUUCGGUGGGGAGGAAGAGAAACAGAGGUUACGUGGUAUUCUUGAUAAGCUUGCAGGAUCUAUGUUAAUCAUGAAUUAA